UCCCACUUUCUGCCCCCUGGCCGCUCCGCUCCAGUCUCACUUCCACCAUCACGCUCCCCAGAAGGGAUCGGCGCUGCUGUCACAUGCCGAGUCUCGGCAAGUGGUUCGGCCGCAAGGACUCGCAGGACCCAGGCGGACCUGCGUCCUCCACCUUCUCGAUUUUUGACCUCCGACGCCUCGCAAGCAGCUCGAGUGGCUCGGUCACGUCCGCUGCUACGUCCACGAACAGCUCACCAACGGCCACAUGCGACUUUCCUGGCGGGCUCUCCACCUACAUCGAGGGCCUGCGCGGCAGCCCGCGAGGCGACAAGUCGCCAAGCACGCCAGCCGUCGUCGUCGUGGGGGAGCAGUCGUCGUCGCUCUAGCAGGCGUGCCAUGUGCCGAGUGCGCCCGUGUGGGGCCUAGCAGGAGGCUGCUGACAGGGAGCGUUCGUGCGGCGGCGUUGGCGCGUAUCGGUUCCGGAGCGCAUGCUCCAUACUCGCGAAGCAUGAGAUGUUAGUACGUGUCUUACUCAGACGGGAGAGCUAGCGCAUGGCGCAGGGGGGCGAGGGAGAGAGGUUGCGGCAUGCGUGCGCAUACACAUGUGCAUGUGACAUGUUCAUAGCGGCGGCUCACAUGGUGUGCAUGUACGGUAUUUCUAUUUGACCAUGAGAACGACGUCUGCAUGCGAGAUAUGUGACACGCAGCAAGAGGCCGUCGCACAGCACAUGCCGGUUGCGGACGUUC